GCUGCUCCAAUUUUUAAUUCAAAACUCUAUAAAAUUUAAACCAUUGUAGCAGCAUAUAUAUGUAACUACUUUAGUGCUGAAUCCUCUAUUUAAAGAAGGCAACCUGCCACUCAAGAAAUUAACUUGCAGUUUGAACAUUCAUUUUUCCCACAAUGCCUGCAUCUCAGGCUUCCAUAGAACUUCCUAUUUUGGAUAUUUCACAGCCCUUAUCUCCAUCAUCUCUAUCUUCCUUGUCUGUUGCCUGCAGAGAAUGGGGAUUCUUUCUUCUUUGUAACCAUGGGAUUUCCACUGAACUCCACAAGAAGGUUCAGUCCCUUUCGAGCCGCAUUUUCAUGCUUCCUCCUGAAGUAAAACUCCAGGCGGGACACUCUUUGUAUACUCCUCACUUUAUUGCCUCGCCUUUCUACGAAUGCAUCAAGGUUUCUGGACCCAACUUCUUCGCCUCAGCGCAGAGUUCUUCCGAAGCGAUUCUCAAUGAGCCCUAUUCAGAUUUCUGUGAUACGUUGCAAGAAUAUGGGAGCAUCAUGACGAAAUUAUCCAAAAGGAUUGUCGAGAUUCUUCUAAUGUGCUUGGGGGAGGAUGGUUCGGGGAGGAAGCUAUCAUCUGAAUUUGACAAAUGCGAAGGUUAUUUCAGGAUAAAUAACUAUUCAUCCCUGGAGACUGAUUAUCAGAGCAAGAAACUAUUAAGAGAAGAAGACGAAGUGGAAUGUCUGGGCAUGCACACCGACAUGAGCUCCAUAACCAUCGUGUAUCAGGACGAAAUGGGAGGCCUACAAGUGAGGUCGAAAGAAGGAAAAUGGAUGGACGUAAAUCCCAGAAAAGGAAACAUCCUUGUAGUGAACAUUGGUGACUUGAUGCAGGCCUGGAGCAAUGGGAAACUGAGAUCUUCUGAGCACAGAGUUGUCCUCAGAAGGCGCCCCAAACGAUAUUCUGUUUCAUUCUUUUGGAGUUUUGAGGAAGAAAAGGUGAUAUUUGCGCCUGAUGAAAUCGUGGGCAGGGGUAAUCUAAGACUCUAUAGGCCUUUCCUCUGUGCUGAUUAUAUGAGAUAUAGGGAGAACAGUGAGAAGGGAAAGUUUGAGAAAGUUGGUUAUACAGUUCAACACUUUGCUGGUAUCAAUAACUAGUUGAGGAUCGAAUCAAUUGCUUAUUUUUGAUGUUUGCUAUUGAUUUUGAUGUUUAGUUACAGGGUUUGGCGUUCUUGUAAGAGCCAAUGAACAGGAA